AUGACAGAUACAGAUUAUGAAGUCCAUGAAUUCAUUGGAAGAGGGUCUUUUGGAGAGGUUUUCAAAGGAAUCCGAAAGGAUAACGGAAAACUUUUUGCCUUCAAGGUCAUUCCGAUGGAUGAGACCGAAAACCUCGACGUUAUCAUCAAAGAGAUCCAGUUCUUGUCCAAGCUCAGGUCUCCCUACAUUACCAGACACCACGAAACGUUUUUAAGAGACACAGAUAUAUGGAUAGUAUUGGAGUAUUGCGGCGGCGGCUCUUGUGCUGAUUUGCUUCGAUACUACGGUAGUCUUGAAGAGCCAGUAACAGCAUACAUCAUUCGAAGCGUUCUUCGAGGCCUUCAGUACCUCCACAGCGAAAAGAAAGUCCACAGAGAUAUCAAGCUGGGCAACAUUCUUCUUACAGAAAACGGCCAGGUCAAGCUAGGUGACUUUGGAGUGAGUGGAGAGCUCACGUACACAAGAACCAAGCGGAACUCGGUAGUGGGUACGCCAUACUGGAUGGCUCCAGAAGUGAUCCAGCGUUCAACCGGAGGCUACAAUUCCAAAGCAGAUAUCUGGUCUACGGGAAUCACUACAAUUGAGCUUCUUUGUGGUAACCCACCACACUACCAGAAAGCGCCAAUGAAGGCACUUUUUGAGAUUCCCAAGCUCCAGGCUCCGUCGCUUAAUGACGAUUUUCAUCAUAGCACCAGGGACUUUGUGAGCCAUUGUUUGGUGAAGUUCCCCGAUUACAGGCCCAGUGCCGCCCGGCUUCUUCACCACCGGUUCAUCACCUCGUGUCCAUCUGAAGCACCGUUGGUAGCACUUUUGGAAGAGAAGAAGCGCAACUUGAAAGGCAUACCCACGGUCAGAAGACGUCUCCCACGCAAACCAAAAGAAGACGCUCCUGCCAUUGACUGGGUCCUCACGACCACAUCCCGAGACUUAGGCGAAGGAUGGCGAAACAAGUACAGCGAGAUGAUCUACGAGGCAAUGACCAGAGUAUGGGCUCGAGCGAUCAACCCAGCCGCCAAAGAAGGUGUGUGUCGUCUUCGAGACGAGUUCGUCCGAGCCGAGACGGAGAACUGUGGUCUUUCAUAUGCAAUCAUCGAAGAGCUUUGGCAUCUGAUGACGGAAAGAGAGUGA